AUGGUGUUGUCAGAUGAAGACGUAGAAGAUGAUGUCACCUCUAGUUCUUCAGAAGAAGACCCCGUUACCCCAGAUGUCCAUCGAGCACUUCCUAGCAAGGAUCCAUCAAGUGAUCCCAGUACACGUGUCUGCAGUUUUCCUAAAUGCCCCAUCGCUCGUCAUACACCUCAUGGAGGGAGGGAUUCCUUCCAGAGUUCUAAGCCUGGCAAAUGUUUUACCAAGAAAAGAGAACGGACCUCACCAAAGCCAGCUCGGUCUGAGGGGAAGACCUAUUCCUGUUCUGUGUGUGGGAAACGUUUUAACAGAAAAGGAAAUCUUAUGUCCCAUCAGAGAACUCACUCUGGAGAGAAGCCCUUCUCCUGCUCCGAAUGUGGGAAAUGUUUUGCUUGGAAGGUCCAGCUUGUCCGACACCAGACCACCCACCCGCUGGUGAAUCCGAAAACGCACACUAUGGAGAAACCCUACUCUUGCCCUGAAUGCGGCAAAUGUUUUUCCUGGAAGGACCAACUCGUCAGGCACCUGAAAAUCCACACAGGGGAAAAACCGUAUUCCUGCUCUGAGUGUGGGAAGUGUUUUCCACGGAUCUCGGCUCUUAAUAGACAUAAGAAAGUCCACACGGGCCAGAGACCAUAUUCUUGUUUGGACUGUGGAAUGUCGUUUACGGAACGUUCGUACCUUGUCAUUCACGAGAGGACCCACACGUCGGAGAAGCCAUUUUCCUGCUCAGAAUGUGGCAAAAGGUUUAACCGGACAGGCAAUCUUUUUGCGCACCAGAGGACUCACACGGGGGUGAAACCCUAUUCCUGCUCUGAAUGCGGCGAACAUUUUACUCAGAAGUCAACUCUUAUCAGACAUGAGAAGGUUCACACGGGAGAGAAGCCAUAUUCAUGUUCGGAGUGCGGCAAAUGUUUUGCUCAGAAGGGAACACUUGUAUUACAUGAAAGGACACACACUGGGGAAUGCCCGUAUGCCUGUUCCCAGUGCGGAAAGCGGUUUUCAAGGAGAGACUACCUCAUUUCUCAUCUUGUAUUCCAUGACAAAAACAGAAUUAAAAAUUGA